GGCGCAGCGCAGAUGGGCAAAGGCGGCGGCCGACCGAUCGCUCGGGCGAGCGAGCCCUCCUCGCGUCUCUGGAAGCUUCCUUCAAGUUGCGGCCUCCCUCUCACCCGGCUCCAUUAAAACCCCCUCCUAAACCCUAGCCGCCACCCAAGACAACCCCGCCCGCGCCGCAUUUUCCUCCCCCAAUUCACAGCCCAGAUGGCCAUGCACCGCGCCGCCGCGCUCGCCCUCCGCCGCCUCGCCGCCACCGCGGCGGCGGCCUCUCCGAGCCCGGUGCUCCUCCUCGCCCCUCUCCGGCCGGCGGCGGCGGCGGCCGCUACCAACACCAGAUUUCUUCUGCAGCUCACUAGCACGACGGGCGGGGCCGCAGCGGCGGCGGCUUUAUUCGCCCGGCGCGGGUACGCGGCACGCGGCGGCGCGGGCCGGAAGGCGGCCGUGACGGUGAGCGAGGACGAGGAGGAUGAGGAAGAGGAGUUCGAGGCCAUGGGCAGCGACGGGGAGUUCGAAGAUGACUUCGACGACGAGGACCUCGACGAAUUCGACGAUGAGGAUGAGGACGAGGACGAGGACGACGCCGCGCCCAAGCGCGGGAGGCGCUAAGCUGCAGAGCUCGGCUCGGUGCUCUCCUUGUUGUGCUCGUUUUGAUUUCUUUCCUCCCGCUGAGAUAGAGAAGAAAAACACAAGAAAGAACAGGCUUUAGAAAGUCAAACGGAUCAAUGGAUCGGCGUUCAUGCGCUUGUUGUAAUCUCCUUUCUUGAUUGGGUUAAACAGAUUUGGUCAGUUUUGUCGUGUCACAUUGGAAAAUUGUAUUACAUUGAAGAACAUAAUUAUACAAACUCCAAUCUUGGAGUACUGUACUUCGUGAUUGUCGCUUAA